GUGCCUCGUGGCGCAGGCGGGGGCGGGACGGCAGCCGGUUGCUAAGCCUUGCGAAGCUCUGCGCUACCCCGCCGGUCUCCUCAGGUGGCCGCAGGCUUCAGCCCUGCCCGGUUGGCACCACGGAAAUGUCAGGGAAGGAGUCCAAUUUCCCGCCACUGCCGCGCUUCAUCCCGCUCAAGCCCUGUUUCUACCAGAACUUCGCCGAUGAGAUCCCCAUUGAACACCAGAGCCUGGUGAAACGCAUCUACCGCCUUUGGCUGUUUUAUUGCGUCACCCUCGCUGUCAACCUCGUGGCUUGCCUGGCCUGGUGGAUCGGCGGUGGCUCAGGCGCCAACUUCGGCCUGGCGCUGCUCUGGCUGCUGUUCUUCUCCCCAUGUGGUUAUGUGUGCUGGUUUCGGCCCGCCUACAAGGCCUUCCGAGCUGACAGCUCCUUCAACUUCAUGGCGUUUUUCUUCAUCUUCGGUGCCCAGUUUGUCCUCACCGUCAUCCAGGCCAUUGGCUUCUCAGGAUGGGGCGCAUGUGGCUGGCUGGCAGCGAUUGGCUUCUUCCAGGUCAAUGUGGGCUCGGCAGUGGUCAUGCUACUUCCUGCCAUCAUGUUCUCUCUGUCGGCCGUUGCCAUGGCUGUGCUGAUUGUGAAGGUACACAGAAUCUACCGGGGGGCCGGAGGAAGUUUCCAGAAGGCACAGACUGAGUGGAAUGCAGGCACUUGGCGGAACCCGCCGUCGCGGGAGGCACAGUUCAACAACUUCUCGGGGAGCAGCCUGCCUGAGUACCCCACUGUGCCCAGCUACCCAGCUAGUGGCAGCAGGUGGCCAUAGGGUCCCAUGGGGCUGCGCUCAUCCCGCGCACACUGCCCAGAGGCCUCCAUGGUGCCACUCCUGCUCCUCUAGUACCCCGGCUUGUUGAGAUCCGGGGGCCAUCCCUGCCUAGGACCUGCCAGCCUCUUUCCCCCGGCGGGCUGCCUGGUGAUACUCGUGUGCCUUAAUGAGGAACCGAACUGUGGGCCCUCUCCCUUGCCCCCAGCGCAUCCCAUCCUUGGCUGUCCCCUUACUAGGUCCAGAAAGAAAUGGAGAACCUUCUGGAAGCCCCACUCUUGCUGGGGGACCAUUGCAGGGUGUGGACAGUUGAACCAUGUACACCUUCAACCCCUGCCCUCUCUCUCAGAAGUCUCCCCAAGGGACCCAGCAUGUCCCGUUUACCCUGCCAGUGCCCACUCCCUGUGCCAUGCACUGCUCAGGCACGAGGGGGCUGGACGGAAGAGCCAAGGCCCCUAACGUGGCAGCCAAACUUGGUGCUGGCACCCCUUCUUCCCCCUCGAGACAAGCAUUAACCAGGCUGCAGCUGGUGCCAAGCAGGUGUUCAUGGAGCUGUUCACACAGCUGUUGAUGGGCAGGUGUUGAUGCAGCUGUUGGUGAAUAGGUGUUCACACAGCUGUUGGUGGGCAGGUGUUCAGGCAGCUGUUUACUUAACAGGCUGGCCCAGCCCCCCCUUCACCCACCCCCACC